CUCAGGCAGCCAGGGGAUGGCUGCCAAGGGUCACAGGAAAAUCAGAGGGGGUAGAGGGCCAGAGGGGAGGAGAAAACAACUUCCCGGUUGCUCUCAGAGGCUUCAGAGAUCCUCUGGAGGCCUGGGGGAGCUUUUGAGUUCUUUAUUUUGGUUGGUCCCUGAGCUCUGUGAGUGGGGGAGGGGGUAGAGCCACCAGGGGAAUCAGCAGUGGUUUCUCGUGCCCCUCGGGGUCAGGAGCAGUCUGAUCAAAAGGAAGCCACCCACUGUCCGGGGUCAUUCCCACAGCUCUCGGAUGCCGGGUCUGGAGGCUGCCUUUUCCCCAGGAGCUCUGCCCAGUGGGCAGCCUGAAGAUGGAAAAUUACACGUUGGCCCCAGAGGAUGAGUAUGAUGUCUUCAUAGAGGAUGAUCUGGAGAGCAAUGAGGCGGAACAGUGUGGCGAGUAUGACGCCCAGGUGCUCUUGGCUCAGCUGGUGCCGUCGCUGUGCUCCGCCGUGUUCGUGCUCGGUACCCUGGACAAUCUCCUGGUUGUGCUUAUUCUGGUAAAAUAUAAAGGACUCAAACACACGGAAAAUAUCUAUCUUCUAAAUGUAGCCCUUUCUAACUUGUGUUUCCUGCUUGCACUGCCCUUCUGGGCUCACACUGUGGGCAAUCCCAUGUGUAAAAUCCUCCUCGGACUGUACUUCGUGGGCCUGUACAGUGAGACAUUUUUCAAUUGCCUUCUGACUGUGCAAAGGUACCUGGUGUUUUUGCACAAGAGAAGCUUCUUCUCAGCCAGCAGGACGGUGCCCUGUGGCAUCAUUACAAGUGUCCUGGCAUGGGUAACAGCCAUUCUGACCACUUGGCCCGAAUUCGUGUUUUAUAAACCUCAGAUGGAAGACCAGAAACACCACUGUGCAUUUAGCAGACCUCCUUUCCUGCCAGCUGAUGAGACAUUCUGGAAGCAUCUUCUGACUUUAAAGAUGAACAUUGCGGUUCUCAUCCUCCCCCUGUUGAUUUGCACAUUUUCCUAUGUGCAAAUGGGAAAAACACUAAGGUUCAGGGAGCAGAGGUCUGGCCUUUUCAAGCUUGUUUUUGCCAUCAUGGUAGUCUUCCUUCUGAUGUGGGCGCCCUACAAUAUUACACUUUUCCUGUCCACUUUCAAAGAACACUUCUCCCUGAGUGACUGCAAGAGUAACUACAACCUGGACAAAAGCGUUUACAUCACUAAACUCAUCGCCACCACCCACUGCUGCGUCAACCCUCUCCUCUACGUGUUUCUUGAUGGGACAUUUAGGAAAUACCUCUGCCGCCUUUUCCGUCUGUGCCGUAACACCCCACUUCAACCCAGCGGGGAGUCUGCACAAGGCAGGUGGAGGGAAGAACUUGAUCUUUCCACCGAAGUGUAAACCAGCAUCCCCCAAAGGCAAGACGAAUAAACAUGGGUUUUUGUCUUUUUGCAUUCUUUCAUGUAAUUUUUUUACACAUUUGCAGGUAAAAUUGGAUACAGGAAGAAAAGGGAGAGGUGAGCCAACUUUGCUAAGCAUUGAUUUUGUCUCAGGUACCGUGCAGGGCUCUUUGCAAAUGCGAGCUCCUCCACCUCCUACCACUUGUCCAUAGUGUGGAUCGGACUAGCCUCAUUUCUCUGAGAAGAAAAACUGAGGCUUGGAAAUUUGUCUAAGAUCCCACAACUAGGAAGUAGCAGAACUGAUUCUCCAGCCCUGGGAGCAUUUGCUCAGAGCCUAUGCUUUGUCCAGAACUCUGAAUACUGGGGACAAAAUACAUGAAAUAAAUGUAUUUUAAAAUGUCUA